UUUAUAGACCUUCAGCUGGCGACUCUUCGCUCUGGCAACGAUGGAGUAGAUCGCGUGUCAGUGACCGAGGUGACGACGGGCGGUGAGGUGCAGCUCCUGUAAGCUUUCCUGUAUAUCAUCCAGUUCUUCCCUCUUCUCACCGCAAUGACUUCACAGGUCCAUGAAUUUACACUGGAGAUGACUUGUGAAGGUUGUUCUGGGGCUGCCCAGCGAGUGCUUGGGAAACUUGGAGAUAAGGUUUCGAAUGUAGAUAUCGACCUGCCAAAUAAGAAGGUGGUAGUCACAAGUGUGUUGUCAGCAGAGGAGCUUACUGAAACUUUGAAGAAAACUGGCAAAGAAGUAACAUACAUUGGGUCAAAGAGUGCUUGAGUGCUAAUUUUCUCUUGAAAUGUGUUUACUGAUUAGCUCAUUUGUAUAGGAUUGGAAGACAGCUGUAUGUAUCAAUGUUUACAAUAUGUAAAAAUAAUUAAUUUUAUAUGAGCUACAAAAUUUCCUAUUUCAAUAAUGAUCACUUGUUAAUUAUUUGCGUGUUUGAAAAAUUAGCACUUGUUUCUAAAGAUUACUUUAAAUGAAUAAUAUCAAGCCUACUUUUGUGAAGUAAAUAUUACUUGGCUGUGCAGCUGUUUUCAAUUAAUAGAGCAAAGUGUUGACGACAAUGUAAAGAAAUGGUUUGGUAAAGCUCCUUGCAUAAGGAACUUCAUGUUCCGUCAAAUCAGCUCUCUAUAUGGUGUUUGCCUUAGUCAUUCAAUAAUUGUUUUUCAAAAUAUGGCAGCUAUUGUUGAGCUUAACAAAAAUAACAAUUUUAAAUUAAUAGAUGUCCCACUGUCUCACAAGAGAGCUAGGGGGUAAAGUUCUAAAGUUUGGUUAGUGAUGAAAAUGUAUUUUGAAUCUUGUAAAAUACUCAUUUAACAUCUUUGCUCUGAAAAGUUGAUUUUUAUUCAUGAAAAACUUGCAGCUAAACUUUGUGAUGAGCAUUAUAUUAUGAUAAUAUGCAUACAGGCAGCAAAAUAUUAAACAGUAAUGUGUAUAUUUAAUUUGUAACAAUAAUGUAAGUCAUUUUAAAAUGUUGGAAGCCUGUUGUGAUACAAGUACAGUAACAUUAUAAAUUUCUAGACAAUGUCAUCAAAUACCAUUGCUUGAUGUAUUCUUGUGUACUGAUACUAUAGGCAAAUAUUUAUAUGUUGCAUUUAGAGAAAUUUUGUAUCCAAAUUUAGAUAGUCAAUUUUUUAACAUCCAAGUAAAUACUGAAUUACAAAUGAGUUAAAACCAAAUUCCCUUUUUGUUGAAUUAAAUGUUCAUAAGGAGGGGGGAAAAUUUGGUAUGUACUCGGUACAGGAUUUUUUACGUAAUCUACUUUAGUCCUUAGAGCCUUGAUUGUAUGGACCUCAAUUGUUCCACAUAUAAUUUAACAUACAGUAUUCUAUUUUAUUAUUUUACUGUGUAGAACUGCAUUGUAUAGGGUAAUUCGACUUGGAAUAGGGAUCAAAAAGUAAUGUAGUGUAAGGCAAAAUAUCAGUUACUUAAUAAUAAUAAUGAUAAUAAUUUACUUGCAAGAAGGUACAAUAGGAUUGUGAAAUUACACAAGAUUGGUAUUUUUACAUUCAUGCAAAUGCAUUGCUCUUGUUUGGGACCAUUGGUUGAAGAAAUUUGCAUAUUUUUAUUUUUACCAUUAAAGAUACUGUAUUGCAAUAUUUGUUUCUGCAUAAAUUAUUCAGUGUGAACUGUAUUGUUCAUUAUAAAUUAGUCCACAGAUUUUUUUAACCAUAGAUAAGAAAAUUGUAUUCGGUGGAAAAGUUAUUAUAUAAGAAGUUUAGUUCUAACAAAAUCAUAGAACUACAUUUAAAUUAAUAUGAACCUUAAUGGAAAAUGUUUCUUGGGGCUUGAUGUGAUUUAUAUGAUUAUUUUAAAGUUUAAAAUUCACUGAUGGUAAGAAUGGAUUCUAUUCAGAUUUGUGCCUUGCAUAUACAGAACUUGCACUGCUUGAACACAUGAUUGUUAAAUUAAAACUACCUUACUCUGUAACAUAUAUGUCGUAUUUUCAUUGGAUUUGACAAAUAAAAAGUACGAACA